AUGCUCGUCCCAUCUCCCACUUCUGCCCCUAUUGCUCUCAAACCGUGCUUCCCCAAUCUCGACGCUACCGUCCAUCGAGUUAGCAGCAGCAUGAAACUGUGGCGUGUCAUGGCAGUUGUCUUGACGCUUCUCUCCCCCUUCAUCUACAUCCUCGUACCCUACGUCCGUUUCCGGUUCUUUCUCCUCAAGCACCCCCAGAACCCUCACGAAAACGCCGUUCUUGCCUCCGUCAACAACGCCCUUGUAGCUUCAUUCUGCUCUGUCGUUUUCCCCGGUUGGUCGCAGUGCUCUCUCGUUGUCUUCGGUCGACCGCAGCCGUUCUGCGGAUCGUUGGAGCUCCUCCCUUCCACACCCGCCCCUUUGGUCGCCCUUCACAGCCCACGGGUCACUCCCCUGAAGCGCGUCAUAGACGGUUGGCCUUCCGAGGAUAGUCUUGAUUUUACGGUCUGCCAGGCGGACAAGUUGGCCACAUCGCCGUCACUGCAGUUGCCUGGGUUACAGCUGAAGCCUAGGAUUGGACGCGCUUGUUCGUCUUUGCGCCGGUCCUUGGAGAACACCGCAUUCAUUGCUAUGAGCGUCGACCUUAUUUAUGAAGUCUACCUCACAGGCUUCGACGUCAUGGACAAGUUUGGGAUGCCAGCUGCCACCCAGUUCAUAUCUUGCGUCAGAACUACCAUGGACGACGACUCGCUCAAGUUUCUCCGAAUCAUGCAGAAGGAGACGGCGAUUGCCAAGGAUGCGUUCAAUAAACUCCACGUCGCCAUCCACCCCAGCCUCGAGAACGAAUGUGACAGCAAUGUCUCCGACAACCUCUGCGCGGAAGUUCUCCGUUCGGUCGACUCCAUCACGACGUGGCUGAACAAGGAGCUUGCCUGA